CAACUCGAGUCUCUUCGUUCGAAGAUCAACUCCAUGGUCGAAUCCAUCCAGACAUUACAAGCGACUAUUGAUCAGCAGGGGCAGAAUGCCAUGCCUUCCUGGCCAGACAUACUGUCGAAAUACACGAUACUUCUCUCGCAGUCGCACAACCUGUCCAUGUCUCUCGUCGGUACGGCCGCUGCCGUGAGGCCCGUGAAUGGACACGGCGGGACGCAUGCGCCAGUGAACCCUUACGAAAGGCUCGCGUUGCACCCGAGCAUGCCUAUGACCGAUCACCAACUCGACAAUGAUCUCAUUCCUCUUCUGCGCGGCCAGCAGACUACGGACGUGCUCAAGCUCGAGAACGACACGGUCCGGCACCUCGCGGAGCACAUGUCCACCCGCGGCUCGCUUGGUGUGCUGGGCCUGACGGGCACAGGCACAGGCACGGGUACGAACAACACUGCACGCCCUCGGUUCGGCGCACAGGACAAGAAACCCGAGUAUGCAGACAUCCUACGCGAAUGCGAUCAGAUCAAGGUUGAACACGACGAGCGCGUUGACCGAGCGGUGCGUGCUGUCACACUGCUUCGCGAGAAGUUCGACUGGAAAGCGCGUGUGGAAGUCGAGAAUGAGGAGCCGGAGGAGCUAGAUUGGAACCCACUGGACGACGUAGGCGGUGCUGAGACACAUGCAGACGAGGACGUCGAGAUGAACGUAGAUGGCGGUGCACAGACAGGAGACGAGGGGAGGGAAGAUGAAAGCAACGAGAGCGAGGAAGAAGAGGAAUUGGAGGAGGUGCUUGGUAAUGGUGCUGAUAAUAGCUCUCCUAUCGGGACGCCGCAAGCUUUCGCGAUGAACGAAGAUGUCCCACCAGAAUUUUGAGGUGCAGCAGGGUCGGAGGAUAGACCAUCAGUGCGUUUACAUAAUGCGCCAGAGCUUCUAUGUGCUCAGCUCGCUCUGAACUAA